CUGUUUUUGUCGCCCUUCCCUUUUCUCUCUUUUUCUAACAUGUCCCUUGCCAACACGGAAAAGAAGGGAAGCGGUUUGUUGUUUCCUUCCAUCAUCGGAAUGAAUAGUCUGGAAAUUCCAGGAAAUCUCGUCUGCCUUCUUGUUGCUUUUUCUGAGUUCGGGAUGAUGGGAAAGUCCGAUUUUUUCAAUUUUUUUUUCUUUUUCUUGCGAGUGUGGAGAAAUUUGGAACUGUGCCAUAUGCUGUUCUUGCGUAACCUACCAGUUUUUUUUUUAUUUUUUAUGUAAAAAAAUUAAAAAAAUUUUGAACCCUAGAAAUGGCAGUGUCUAUUGAUGGUUUUCUUGCCUCUGUUUAUGUUUUCUUUUCCGGGAAAAAAGUUUUCUUGCUUCGUGCUGGGGGAGACAAUGAAUUCCCCCCUUUUUCGAGCAGAAAAGAAAGGCAACUCGCGCAGCUUUGGGUAUGUCGAGACUUCGCUGUGUUCUUCGAGGGCUGGAUAUGAAGACAUACCUAUUUCUAUUUGUUUUCGUCCCAGUAGGGAUUUGCGGCAUGUACUUGCACGGACAGAAGAUUUCCUAUUUCCUUAGACCCCUAUGGGAAUCCCCUCCGAAGCCUUUUCAUGUAAUUCCGCAUUAUUAUCACGAGAACGUGUCGAUGGGAACUCUUUGCAAACUUCAUGGAUGGCGAAUCCGUGAGUUCCCGAGGCGGGUCUAUGAUGCGGUUCUGUUCAGUAAUGAGGUCGACAUUCUGACCGUUCGGUGGAAGGAAUUGUAUCCUUACAUAACACAGUUUGUACUGCUCGAGUCAAACUCGACAUUUACUGGACUACCCAAGAGGUUGCUUUUUAAAAAAAAUCGACACAAGUUUAAGUUUGUUGAGUCUCGGCUGACGUAUGGUACAAUUGGAGGAAGGUUUAGAAAAGGAGAGAACCCAUUUGUUGAAGAGGCUUAUCAGAGAGUCGCUCUAGACCAGCUUCUUAGGAUUGCUGGCAUUGAGGAUGAUGACUUGUUGAUUAUGUCAGACGUGGACGAGAUACCUAGUGCGCACACGAUUAAUCUUCUCAGGUGGUGUGAUGACAUCCCACCUAUUCUUCAUUUGCAGCUGAGGAAUUAUCUGUACUCGUUUGAGUUCUUUGUAGAUAACGAAAGCUGGAGAGCAUCGGUCCACAGGUAUCAAUCUGGUAAUACGAGAUAUGCGCACUAUAGACAGACUGACUACUUGUUGUCCGAUUCGGGUUGGCAUUGUAGCUUCUGCUUUCGCCACAUAAGUGAGUUCAUAUUCAAGAUGAAAGCCUACAGCCACUGUGACCGGGUCCGAUUUUCUCAUUAUUUAGACCCGACAAGGGUUCAGGACGUCAUCUGCAAAGGGGCUGAUUUAUUUGACAUGCUUCCUGAAGAAUACACAUUUAAAGAGAUAAUUGGGAAGAUGGGGCCUGUCCCUCAUUCUCACUCAGCUGUUCAUCUUCCGGCCUAUUUGUUAAACAAUGCAGAGAAGUACAAGUUUUUGCUGCCAGGGAACUGCAAGAGAGAGAGUGGCUGAGUAACUUUCUUCGGAUAUGAGGUGGCUUUUGCUUUUGUCGGCAAGUUUGGAAGGUGAAGAUGCUUUGGCCACAAGAAAAUAGCUCCCGAGGAAGAUUGUCAAUUAAUAUCAUGGGGAUUUAAUACCAGCAUCCGAUGCACCUCCUAAACCUUAUGCAUCAUUCUUCAGUGAGGCAUUUGAAGAAACUUGCAUGUCCUCGAAACUUUGUGGAUUGACUCAUUUUACAUUCGUUUUGGGACUCGAGUUCUUUGGGUGCUGGAUUUGGGGCAUAUCGUGCUUUGGGGUUUUGGAUAUUGAUGCUGGAGGAGGAGAUAGUUUGUCCUGACCCUUGCGAGAUUGCAUACCACCUCUUGUAGGUAUUGCUCGAUCUCUCCUGUCUAUAACAUAGGGUAGUUCAUUCGACAUUUUUCCCACCGUUUUCUCUGCUGGGAAUUUUGUUGUGUUAGUCUAAUCUAAAUCUAUUUUUGUAUCAUCAGAGGAUUUCCAUCGAUCGGAUGCUGAUUGAUUCUUUA